UUCUCUGACAGCUGUGCGGUGUAGCCACCGCGAGUUUAACUCACAGGGCGCUAGGACCCAAUGGAUACAGGACAAGAGCUCUUUUUGACUUGUCAGUGCAUGCGGCGUGUGGAAUCGGGACACACCUGAUCUUUAAGUUUGCCUUUCAUUUUGCACUUUGAAGAGUUUCUUCUUGGACUCACGGAUACAUUUGUGGAUCUGAGAUUCUUUGGCUCACAAGUGGUUUCGUUUUUAGUCAUGACAGGCAUGGAACGGACGGCUUGCGGUUGUAAUCUUCCAUUAGGCUACAUGCGAACAAAUUAACGCUGCAACUUUUCUGGCAUUUUGUGAAAGACCGAUGGUGCUUAUGUAGGCUUCUUCAUGAUUCUGUUUACAUGCAUGAUUAACCACAACCGAUGCGGUAGGGAGUGCCUCCAUUUGAUCGUUCAGGUGACGUCAUCUUAAAAUAAGCGAAUGAACAAUGCCGUCUUUUCUUUUGACGCCACGUCAAAUAAUUGUCCCGGUGACAAUGUGAGCUACUAUGUAUCAAGCAAACAGUUGCGCCACUGGAUCGAUCUGGAUUUCUAAUACUUCUCUUAGUUACUUGUUUAAAAAAAACACGGCCUGCAACAAACUUUCUCGGCACAGAGCCCGCAUACGCUUCUCUGUGUAUUCAUUCAACCGAUAAAGUGCAAUCUUCUUGUGUGUUUUCUAAACAUGACAUCAAAACGAUGAAACCUGUUGAAUGAAGUCGUCGGUUUUUCGGUCAGUCAGCCACAUUUUUGGAGUGCCGUACUGUAAUGGAGAGGAGAGAAGAAGCCGAAAAUGAAAUCGUGGAGGUCCAGCCGCAGCAGCACCCCCAUUCGGCCCCCAAGACCGAAAACGGGGACGUCGUCCUGGUUAUCAAUCACAGCCACGUCCACCCACCCCUCAGCGUGGUACUUGCCACUGUGCUUUACUUUGCCGAGGUAGUUUGUGCGUCUAUACUUAGUAAACGGUACCAUGACAGCGACGACACUAUUUGGAUGGGCUUGACCAUCACCUUCAUGCUGGUGCCGGCGGUGCUGAUUCAGAUGACGCUGACGUUCAUUCACAGGGACUUGGACAUGGACAGGCCUCUGGUGCUGUUUAUGCACCUGCUGAUGUUGGGACCACUGAUAAGGUGCAUCGAGGCGCUGGUGACGUACUUCCGGGCGGGGAAGCAGGAGGAGCCGUACGUGACCAUCAGCCGCAAGAUGAAGCUGAAGAAGGACAAGGGCCUGCCCAUGGAGUGGGAGAUCGGCCACUCGGAGCGCAAGCUGGCUGUCCACCGCAACGCCUUCAAGCGCACGGCCAUCAUCCAGGCCUUCCUGGGCUCCACGCCACAGCUCACCCUGCAGCUGUACGCCGCCAUCCAGGAGAAAUACAUCUUCCCCCAUUCCAGAUUGGCGCUGAUGAUCAUCACGCUCAUCUCCAUCACCUACGGUGCCCUGGUGUGCAGCGUGCUAGCCAUCAACAUCAAGUACGACGAAUACAAGGUGCACGUGCGGCCCGUGGCCUACCUGGUCAUGAUUCUGUGGCGUGGGCUGGAGAUCGCCACGCGGGUUGUCUCUCUGGUGCUCUUCAGCACGGCGCUCAACCACUGGAUCAUCCCCGUUGGCCUGGCCAACCUGCUCUUCUUCUUCUUCCUGCCCUGGGUGGAGUUCUGGGCGCGCAAGGGCUCACUGCCCGAGAACGUGGAGAAGAACAUGAGCAAGCUGGGCACUGUGGUGGUGCUGAGCAUGGUGACGCUGCUGUACGCGUGCAUCAACGUCUUCUGCUGGUCGGCCGUGCAGCUCAACCUGGCCGACCACGACCUGAUCGAGAAGCGGCCGCGGUGGAACCGCGUGGCGCUCUACUACUCGGCACGCUUCGCCGAGAACGUGCUGCUGACCGUGCUCUGGUACCUGUUCAAGUCGGACUUCUACGAGUAUGUGUGCGCGCCGCUGCUGGUGGUGCAGCUGGUGGUGUGCUACGGCCUGGCCGUCUUCUUCAUGCUCCUCUUUUACCAGUUCUGCCACCCGUGCCGCCGUAUCUUCCACCGCAAUGUGGAGGACUACUUGCGCUGCAUCUGCUGCCACCGCCAACCCAAGACGGAGGACAAAGCAGAAGAGCAGGACAAAGCAGAACAGCAGGAACCCUUACCAGAAUCUUCUCAGGAACAUCCGCCAGAGUUGGCGGUACUGCUGUCACCAGAUGAGGCACCCGCACCUAACUCCCACACUGAUCAGCAGGGGGAACGUGAAACAGACAUAGUCGAUGACCAUUUAGACACAGCUGAUCAUAACUCUGUGGUGGUAUGCUCUUGAAUGAGGCCAGGGGCUUCUUGCAGCCUGAAACCGUGUGAGGCCACAACAGAGAGCCUUGUAUACUAAGAACAAUCACCACUGACGCCGAGAGCAUUUGGUGGUGAUGGUACAGUGCUGCCACCUGCUGGAGUCUUAGAAGGAUAGCAGGGGAUGACCUCGGGAUGUGAGAGCAGGGGAUGAAGCCACACUAUGGAAUUAUCUUUCUGUUGGUUGAUGUUAUGUUAGUACACUUUACUGAGGUGAUCUGUUUUUAAAUGUUUAACAUAGCUUGCUUCUAGUCCAGUAACGGACCACAGGAAAUCCAGGAAUGUUUCAGAACUGAAGAUGCACAAAGGUGCCUUUCACGAAGGGUGCUUGGUGUCAGGCUCUCCAGUCCAGGUGUGUGGGAACAGAGCCAAGUCUGGACUGUUCUGGAGGGAAUAACCUGAUAAUCUGGGGCAUCCCCCUUGAACUACUCCUGCCCACACUAAUACAAGAAGACAAGCCAAAUCCUCAGAGGAAGGCCUCUGCACUCUAUCUUUGAAAGCACUUUGAAGUUGAGAUUUAACAUGCCAUUGGAGAGGUGCUACAAAAAGACUGUAUCCUCAGUUCAACACUGUCAGUUUGAAGUUUGUUGUGUGCCUAAGACUAAAUUUGAGAGGGGAAAAAAGCAUAUUUCAAACGCAUGUGCUCCACAUUUGGUAGCAAUUGAUAUUAUGUAAUCAGUGGUCUGAACCUGUCUAAAUAUGCAACUGUUGUGAUUUUUUUUAAUAAAUAUAUGUAUAAAGGCUAUAUUUGUGACAAUAACAUUGUGUUGCUGUUGAUCCAAGUGAUUGGUAUUUUAUGUAAAUAUUUGUAAUGAUUCAGACUGAGUUGAUUUUUAUUUUGAAAGUGCCUUGAAACUUUAUUAACAUGUGUCUUUAUGAAUGAAUGAAAAUAAACAGAUAAAUAAACAAUCAAAAUAAAA